AUGGUGGAAGCUACACAAGUAGCUGCCAGGGAGCAGUGGUCAUCAUGGGCCGAUUUUAUUAUGUCUUGUAUUGGUUAUGCGAUCGGUUUGGGUAAUGUGUGGCGAUUUCCCUAUUUGUGCUAUCAAAAUGGUGGCGGUAAGUACAUACGUUUCGGAAAAAAAGUGUAAACGGCAAUUUGUCAAAUUCAUCUGAUUUGUGUAAUUGGUUGUGUGUGUGUGUGUGAGGAAGAGGGCUUGAGUGAGAAGCGUAUGUGUUGUUGUUUCUUUCAUAAAUCACAUCAACGGGAGGUUAGAAAAAGAAAAAAAAAGUGUACUUUUCGCUUUUUUAAUCGAAAAAUUUAUAAGAUAUAUUUUAUUUCCAGGUGCUUUCUUAAUUCCAUACUGUAUAUCAUUGGUAUUCUGUGGUGCUCCAUUAUUUAUUCUCGAAACAUCAUGGGGUCAACUUUUGAGUGUUGGAGGUUUAGGAAUGUUCAAAAUUUGUCCGAUCUUCAAAGGUGUUGGAAUCGCAGCCGCUGUUAUGGCAUUCUGGUUGAAUAUUUAUUAUAUUGUUGUCUUAAGUUGGGCUGCAACAUAUCUCUAUAAUUCAUUUAGACUUGAUGAUAAUGUUCCAUGGCGAAACUGUGAUCACGAGUAAGUUCUAGGAAAAUAUUGAACUAUCACUAGACAAUAUGUUUUCUAGAUGGAACACUCCAAAAUGUCGCUCUGAAUAUAUCAAGAUUCCUUGUGAUAGUAAUCGAACAAUCGCUCAAUUUUUCAAUGUCAAAGUUCUCACUCACGAUCAUUUAUUGGAGUACAAAAAACAAUUUUUCGUUGGAGACAAAGCUAAUUGGACAGUUUGCACCCAAGCUGAUCUUUCCGUUGUAUCACCCGUGAAAGAAUUCUGGGAGUAAGUUCAUGAAAAUUCAAAACAUAUUUCAAUAUAUUUUUAUUUAGCCAUCGAGUUCUUGGAAUCUCAGCCGGUUUGGAUCAUCCAGGUGGUUUGAGAUGGGAUCUUGCAUUUUUCUUGCUCUUAGUCUGGAUUAUUUGUUAUCUUUGUAUCUUCAAAGGUGUCAAGUGGACUGGAAAAGUAACUAAUUUAUUUUUCAGAGGUUCAGCUAAUUCAAUAUUUUAAGGUUGUUUACAUUACCGCGUCUUUCCCUUAUAUUAUGCUGUUCUGUCUUCUCGUUCGUGGUCUCACACUUCCUGGAGCCGGCUUGGGUUUAGAAUUUUAUCUAAAACCCGAUUUCAGUAAAUUAUUGGAAUCUAAAGUUUGGGUUGAUGCUGUAACUCAAGUUUUCUUCUCAUAUGGUUUGGGACUUGGGGCACUGGUUGCUCUUGGAAGUUAUAAUAAAUACGAUAACAAUGUUUAUAAGUUAGUUAAUCAAACAAAACUUUUUCAUUAAUCGCUCAUUCAGACAAGCUCUAACUGUAUGUUUUGUGAACUCUGGAACUUCUGUCUUUGCUGGAUUUGUCAUUUUUUCAUUCAUUGGAUAUAUGGCUACAAUGCAAGAAAAAACUGUUGCUGAAGUGGCACAAGCAGGUCCUGGAUUAUUAUUCUUGGCAUAUCCUUCUGGUAUUCUUCAAUUACCUUACACUCAAUUCUGGUCAAUUCUCUUUUUCUUGAUGGUUUUAUUCUUGGGAGUUGAUUCUCAAUUUUGUACAAUGGAAGGAUUUUUCACCGCCAUUAUCGACGAAUUUCCAAGUAUUCGAGCAAAGAAAUAUGGAAGAGAAAUAUUUGUUGGAAUAAUUUGUGCAGUUUCAUAUUUGGCUGGUUUGAGUACUGUAACUGAGGGUGGUUUUUAUGUUUUCCAAUUAUUCGAUUUCUAUGCUGCAUCUGGUUGGGCUCUUUUAUGGCUCUUAUUCUUUGAAUGUAUUGCAAUUUCCUGGAGUGUUGGAAUUGAUAGAUGGUAUGAACAUAUGAAAAGUAUGAUUGGAUAUUAUCCAAGUGCAUGGUGGAAGUUCUGCUGGGUAUUUGCUACUCCAGCCGUUUGCUUUGGUGUUCUCUGUUUUGGUCUCAUCAAAUACCAACCUCUUCGAAUUGACGCAUAUAAUUAUGAUUAUCCAUUAUGGGGACAUAUUUUUGGAUGGUUCCUCUCACUAUCUUCUAUGUUAUGUAUUCCCGGUUAUGCAAUUUAUAUAUGGAUUAUUACACCAGGAACAUUUUCAGAGGUUUGUAAUGCAUCUAUUCAUUUGCGAAAAAGCACGAAAAAAAUGUAUUUUUUUACAAUAUUUUUCUAUUCACCAAAAUCACAAAUUGUCGCGAAAUACAUGCAAUCGUGACGAGACCCACACUCAUUUCAAGGCAGAAUGUGUGCUUUCGAAAAUUUCAUUUCUUGUUUUUUUUUCUCGCAUGUUUUUCUCCUUGAAAUGUGUGUGGGUCUCGUCACGAUUGACAUUUAUUUCGUGCAUUUUCAUGAAUAGAAAAAAUUUGUAAAAAAAUACAUUUUUUUCGGUUUUUUUCGCAAAUGAAUAGAUGCAUAAUAAACUCUAUUUUUUGAAAAUAUUAUUUUUUUCUAGAAAGCCAAAUUGCUUUGUCGACCUGAUAUUGAGAUCAAAGGCGCAAUCGAAGAUAAUGGUGAAAACAUUGAACUCGUUGAAGAUGUCUAG